UAUGAUAACAUCGUUCUUCUGUAUUGGUUAUUAAAAUCUUUGCAUGACGAUAGCUCAAAGAUAGCCAUAUCUAGUUUGAGAACUAGUGGACUUCAAGAUCUCAUAACGAAAUCUGAAAGAUAGCCUUCAUUUUCGUUCUUAGACCGACUAUUUGCCGUGUCACUGUUUCCACCUUGCAAAAAGCUGCACAGUGCAUUUGUUCUGUGCUACCGGAACAUGAGUUUAAAUCUUAAGACUGACAAGGCAUUUGUGGAUGGAAAAUGGAUCUCUGCGAGCUCUGGGAAAACUUACGAGGUUCUAAACCCUGCAACUGGACAAGUGCUGGGUUCAGUUCCUGACAUGGAUCAGGAUGAUGUCCGUGAUGCUAUCAAAGCUGCACACACAGCUUUUAAGAGUUGGAAGAACACCUUACCAAAGGAACGAAGUGUUAUCAUGAAAAAGUGGUACGAUCUCAGUUUGAAUUACAAGAAAGAAUUGGCUACAUUACUGACCGAAGAGAAUGGUAAACCUCUGGCUGAGGCGGAAGGUGAAAUUCUUUAUGGCUCUGGAUUCUUGGAGUGGUUUGGUGAGGAAUGCCGAAGAACUUAUGGAGAUGUUGUUCCAUCGCCUGUCCAAUCUAAGCGAACAUUGGUGAUCAAACAGCCCAUUGGUGUUGCUGGCAUGAUAACUCCUUGGAAUUUCCCAAAUGCCAUGGUGACACGUAAAGCUGGUGCUGCUAUUGCUGCUGGCUGUACUGUGGUGCUGAGACCCGCAGAAGACACUCCAUUUUCUGCUUUGGCCCUUUGCAAGCUCGCUGAAGAGGCUGGCCUUCCUCCCGGUGUCUUGAAUGUGGUGACCAGUGAUCGUGGUAAUGCUGGGCCUAUUGGGAAAGAAUUGUGUGAGAACCCUCUGGUUUCUAAAAUCUCAUUCACUGGAUCUACCGCAGUUGGCAAGCUGUUAUUGUCACAAAGUGCUGACACUGUCAAGAAAGUUUCUCUGGAACUUGGUGGCAAUGCUCCAUUCAUUGUAUUUGACAGUGCUGACCUACAGAAGGCUGUGAAUGGACUUUUAGCCUGCAAGUUCAGAAAUGCUGGGCAGACCUGUGUUUGUGCUAACAGAGUCCUGGUACAGGAAGGCAUCUAUGCCAAGUUUGUCCAUGCCCUUGCUCUAGCCAUAGAAAAUACUCUCAAAACUGGAAACGGUUUGGAGCCAGGAGUGAAUCAAGGACCUUUGAUAAACUCUAGGGCUGUGGAGAAGGUGGAUGGGCUUGUGAAAGACGCUGUUGCUUGUGGUGCCAAAGUGAUUGUUGGAGGCAAGAAUGCUGCCAUUGGAGGUAACUUCUACGAGCCCACUCUCUUGUCAGAUGUUACAGUAGACAUGAGAGUUGUCCAAGAGGAGAUUUUUGGACCGGUAGCUGCAAUCGUCAAAUUCAAAACGGAAGCAGAAGCCAUUGAGAUAGCCAAUAACACUACAGCUGGCCUGGCUAGCUAUUUUUUCACAACUGACAUUGCUCAGGCUUGGAGAGUGUCCGAGAAACUUCAGUACGGCCUCGUCGGUGUGAAUGAAGGUAUUGUGUCGGCAGUGGAAUCCACUUUUGGUGGAUGGAAGGAGUCUGGUCUGGGCUCAGAAGGAGGAAAGUAUGGUCUAGACGAGUAUCUGGUCCGUAAAAAUAUUUGCUAUGGCGGAAUCACUUCCUAAACAACAUGCUUUCACUUCAAAUGAUUCCUCUUGAAUGUGUCACUCAGCUAAUGUACAAGCGGAUGUGACAUACAAUGCCAGCUGCAAGAUAAAUGACAAUGACAUAUUGGACCCUGUAAUGGUCAUGUAUAAAUAUUAUACUCUACACAAAUUCAGACAUUUUUUUUAUACUUUAUGGUAUAAAUGGUAAAAGGAAUUUUUUAAUUUUUUUAUAAAUUUGUCACAAGGAAUUUGAAAUGUUUUUUUUAACAUAAAUGUUAUUGUGUGGCAUUUGUAAACUUGUUUCAUGUUAUUUCUCUUCUCCUUCUCUUUUCUGUUUAUCUUUUUUUUUUUUGUAUACUAUUUUCUUAUUCUUUUUUCCCCACAAUUUUUCAUAUGUCAGUUUACUGCCCACUUCAUUUACUUACACUAUUGCUAGUCAUCAUUUCCAUAUGUAAACCAGGUUUUGUCCAGUAUUAUAUUGUCUCCCUUUUAUUUUGGUGCCAUAAUACAGAAGUGUUCGAGCCCUUUAAUUUGGGCUGUCAAUUGAGAACCCUUCUAGCCCACGUUCUCUUUUCCUAUCCAACCCCACUCCUUUCCUCACAAAAAUAGUUAUCUAAGAAUAAAUUUGAACUUUCUUUGAGGUCAGGGAAAUAGGGAGGGAGUCUUCAAACUUUUCUGGGGAUAUAUUGUAAGUCCUACACUAUAAAGUUAGGAGGUAAUCAAUGUUUACUGGUCAUAUCAAGUUGCCCAGAUAUAAAACAUCCCGGUGUAAGUUAGUCUUACUGUUGUCUUGUACUGUAGUUCCAUUAUAGUCCAAUGUAAACCAUAUUAUCAAUGCAGUUGGGAGAUUUUUUCGUUAAGAGAUUUAUCUGAAGAAUUGUGAUUUCUUUCAAACAAAUUUUGGGGGGGGGGAGGUGUCAUUUAAUUGUAAACACUUGAAUGCAUUUAGGUUAAAACUGGUCUGCUUGCUAUAUGUAAUUGUAAGCAGAUUAAUUAACCAGGUCAGACCCAAUUUGUAGCUUUUAUUUUUUCCUGGAUGAGUAGGAAAAAUUAAAAAAAAAAUAUAGUUCAUGUUUUUUUUUGUCUUGGUCCUAGUGUUAUAAUAAAUCAUCAUGUACAAUCAUAUCUUGUUUAUUUGAGACUUAUGUUAUAGAUAGAAUAUUGUGUACAAUGUUAUCUGUCAUGUUCUGAAAAUUGUUUUUCUUAUUUAGUUGUUGUAAGGAUUUCUUGUUAUCAAAAGAUCUUUAUGAGAAAAAUCUCACUUUUAUCUGCCAAAUGUAUUAGUUAUUGAGUAGCUUUAAUUACUUGUUAUUUUUUGUAUUUUAUUUCAUAUAUCAAGAUGUGGCAUAGGAGAGGGCAAUGGUUCUGUAUACUUUAUGAA